AUGCUGUCAGAUGCUGUCAAAUGCUGUCAAAUGCUGUCAAAUGCUGUCGAAUGCUGUCGAAUGCUGUCAAAUGCUGUCAAAUGCUGUCAAAUGCUGUCAAAUGUUGUUAAAUGCUGUCAAAUGUUGGCAAAUCCUGUCAAAUGUUGUCAAAUGUUGUCAAAUGCUGUCAAAUGUUGGAAAAUCCUGUCAAAUGUUGUCAAAUGCUGUCAAAUGCUGUCAAAUGCUGUCAAAUGCUGUCAAAUGCUGUCAAAUGUUGUCAAAUGCUGUCAAAUGUUGGAAAAUCCUGUCAAAUGUUGUCAAAUGUUGUCAAAUGCUGUCAAAUGUUGGCAAAUGCUGUCAAAUGUUGGCAAAUCCUGUCAAAUGUUGUCAAAUGCUGUCAAAUGCUGUCAAAUGCUGUCAAAUGCUGUCAAAUGCUGUCAAAUGCUGUCAAAUGUUGUUAAAUGCUGUCAAAUGUUGGCAAAUCCUGUCAAAUGUUGUCAAAUGUUGUCAAAUGCUGUCAAAUGUUGGCAAAUGCUGUCAAAUGUUGGCAAAUCCUGUCAAAUGUUGUCAAAUGCUGUCAAAUGCUGUCAAAUGUUGUCAAAUGUUGUCAAAUGCUGUCAAAUGUUGGCAAAUCCUGUCAAAUGUUGUCAAAUGCUGUCAAAUGCUGUCAAAUGCUGUCAAAUGCUGUCAAAUGCUGUCAAAUGUUGGCAAAUGCUGUCAAAUGUUGUCAAAUGCUGUCAAAUGUUGGCAAAUCCUGUCAAAUGUUGUCAAAUGCUGUCAAAUGCUGUCAAAUGCUGUCAAAUGUUGUCAAAUGCUGUCAAAUGUUGGAAAAUCCUGUCAAAUGUUGUCAAAUGUUGUCAAAUGCUGUCAAAUGUUGGCAAAUGCUGUCAAAUGUUGUCAAAUGCUGUCCAAUCCUGUCCAAUCCUGUCCAAUCCUGUCAAGUCCUGUCAACCUAACCCCAAAAUAAAUAAAAACUAA